GUGCACCCCCCUGACAUAGGAUGUGAAGAUGUUGAUGUGGAUUCCCCUGGACUGUGAGUGAAAUGUGCUCCCAGCAGGAGUAUUCAGGCUGUGUUCUCUGUAUGCAGGCUCACGCAGCGACUUGUUACAGAUGACGAUAUGAAUAUUCUGAAGACUGCUAUUGCUUGUUCAUUCAUGCAUGUGAAGGGUGCUAGUGAAAAGCAGGUGGACGGGGCAUAGCCAGACCUGCUUCACAUUGGAGCUGCAAUAAUGUAAUUAAAUAGAAACUAGAAGCAUAAGGGCAGAGGGAAGGAAGCAAGUCAUGUGUUCAAUCCAAGGCAGUCCUAGCAGCAGCAGCAGCAGCAGCAAGUCAUUAAGGCAGACUGCACCAUUUGUAUUCUAACUCUGCGAUGAGGUGCUUGUGGAAUUUCUAAGAGCUCUUCCUCCCCUACUCACUUCACAGAGGUGGCCUCUUCCUGGCUGUAGUCAGAGGACGCAGGCUUUGCUGAAAGGUCCCAGAAGACCUUUCUGGUUUGCUGAGGAGUUAAAGGAUGGACUGAAGCUUGCCUUUACAUACAGUCAAUGAAAUUCUGGGAUGGCGCCAGUCUGAACGGUCACGUUUUCUUGCUUUUUAUGUAUCUUGCAGGCUGACCCUUGCUGGGCAUUAGUGGUAACUGUCUCUGUGGGCAGUGCAAUGCUCUCCCUCGACUGAUGGGUCCUGCAGCAUAUGGACACAAGCUGUAAUUUUUCUGUGGAUUGGAGGAUUACAGUGGAAAGUUCUGGCUGACAGCCACAUAGACUUAGUGGGAGCAUAAAAAUCCCCCCCACACACAAAACUGGAUUUUUUUUUAUAUCUGUGGUAGGAGCUGAGUCCUUGAAGCUGGUAUUUUCCUUCUCAAAAUGGCUCAUGCUGCUGCUUCCAUUAAAAAAGUACGAGAGCUGGAAUUGCCCAACGUUGAGGAGAGAGAAAGGGAAAGGAAAAGGCGUAAGAUCCCUAGGGAUCGCCUAGAUCGAAAACGUAAGUCGGACAGCAAUACCAGCUUCUUGAAAGCUGCUCGAUCAGGCAAUGUUGAUAAGGUACUGGAAUAUUUAAAAGGAGGAGUAGACAUCAACACCUGCAAUCAGAAUGGACUCAAUGCUUUGCAUCUUGCGGCCAAAGAAGGACAUCUCUAUCUUGUUAAUGAACUGCUGGAAAGAGGGUCAUCAGUGGAUUCUUCAACUAAGAAAGGGAACAGUGCGCUGCACAUUGCUUCCCUGGCUGGGCAGGUAGAAGUUGUGAAGACUCUGGUCAAGCAAGGAGCCAAUAUCAAUGCCCAGUCCCAGAAUGGAUUUACCCCUCUCUACAUGGCUGCCCAGGAGAAUCACAUUGAAGUUGUAAAAUAUUUGCUGGAAAAUGGGGCCAAUCAGAGCACUGCGACAGAGGAUGGCUUUACUCCACUGGCAGUGGCACUGCAGCAAGGACAUAAUAUGGUGGUAGCAAUCCUCCUGGAGAAUGACACUAAAGGGAAAGUUAGACUGCCUGCUCUCCACAUUGCUGCCAGGAAGGAUGAUACAAAAUCUGCCGCUCUCUUACUUCAGAAUGACCACAAUGCUGAUGUUCAGUCUAAGAUGAUGGUGAAUAGGACGACAGAGAGUGGCUUCACGCCGUUACAUAUUUCUGCACACUAUGGAAACGUCAAUGUUGCUACACUCUUGCUCAACAGAGGUGCUGCUGUGGACUUCACAGCCAGAAAUCAGAUUACCCCUUUGCAUGUGGCUUCUAAAAGAGGAAAUACAAACAUGGUGAAGUUAUUGCUAGACCGUGGAGGACAGAUCGAUGCCAAAACCAGGGACGGACUUACUCCGCUUCACUGUGCAGCACGAAGUGGACAUGACCAAGCUGUGGAGUUACUUCUAGAAAGAGGAGCACCACUUCUUGCAAGGACCAAGAAUGGACUUUCUCCACUACACAUGGCUGCUCAAGGAGAUCAUGUGGAAUGUGUCAAGCACCUAUUACAACACAAGGCACCCGUGGAUGAUGUCACCCUGGAUUAUCUCACUUCUCUGCACGUUGCAGCACAUUGUGGACAUUAUCGUGUCACCAAACUUCUCCUGGACAAAAGAGCAAAUCCCAAUGCCCGCGCUCUGAAUGGUUUUACUCCAUUGCACAUUGCCUGCAAGAAAAACCGUAUCAAAGUUAUGGAACUGCUAGUGAAAUAUGGGGCUUCAAUUCAAGCUAUAACUGAGUCUGGUCUCACUCCAAUACAUGUGGCUGCAUUCAUGGGCCACUUGAACAUAGUCCUCCUUCUGCUGCAGAAUGGAGCUUCUCCAGAUGUCACUAACAUUCGGGGAGAGACGGCUCUGCACAUGGCUGCUCGCGCUGGGCAGGUUGAAGUGGUUCGUUGCCUUCUCAGAAAUGGUGCCCUGGUAGAUGCCAGAGCCAGGGAGGAGCAGACACCUCUACACAUUGCAUCUCGUUUGGGGAAAACAGAAAUUGUUCAGUUGUUACUCCAACACAUGGCUCACCCAGAUGCUGCUACUACUAAUGGCUACACCCCUCUUCAUAUCUCUGCUAGAGAGGGGCAGGUAGAUGUAGCUUCAGUCUUGCUGGAGGCUGGAGCUGCACACUCUGCGCCUACUAAGAAGGGAUUUACACCCCUACACGUGGCUGCUAAACAUGGAAGCCUGGAUGUGGCAAAAUUACUCCUCCAGCGCCGUGCACCGCCAGAUUCUGCUGGAAAGAAUGGGCUCACACCACUCCAUGUUGCUGCUCACUAUGACAACCAGAAGGUGGCGAUGUUGUUACUGGAUAAGGGUGCUUCUCCCCAUGUCACAGCUAAGAAUGGUUACACUCCUCUGCAUAUUGCCGCUAAAAAGAAACAGAUGCAGAUAGCUACUACUCUACUGAACUAUGGAGCAGAAACCAACAUUCUGACUAAGCAAGGAGUCACCCCUCUCCACCUCGCAGCCCAGGAAGGGCAUGCUGACAUGGUGACACUUCUGCUCAGCAAACAAGCCAAUAUUCACGUUGUAACAAAGAAUGGACUGACACCAUUGCACCUAGCAGCCCAGGAAGACAAGGUCAACGUAGCUGAAAUAUUAGCAAAAGAGGGAGCCAAUUUGGAUGCUCAGACUAAGCUGGGUUAUACGCCACUAAUUGUAGCUUGUCACUAUGGAAACGUUAAGAUGGUGAAUUUCCUUCUAUCGCAUGGAGCUGGUGUCACAGCUAAAACAAAGAAUGGCUACACUCCUUUACAUCAGGCUGCCCAGCAGGGACAUACCCAUAUCAUCAAUGUUUUGCUCCAAAAUGGUGCAAAACCAAACGCCACCACUACAAAUGGUAACACUGCACUUGCGAUUGCCAGGCGACUGGGAUACAUCUCUGUGGUGGACACAUUGAAGGUUGUCACUGAGGAAAUCAUCACAACUACCACUACUGUGACAGAGAAACACAAGUUAAAUGUUCCAGAGACAAUGACUGAGGUGCUGGAUGUCUCUGAUGAAGAAGCUUUUAAAUUGUUUGCUGGUGAGCUCCUUUCUGAUGAAGAGCUUCUUAGUGAGCAAGAUGAUACAAUGACCGGGGAUGGUGGUGAGUACCUGCGGGCAGAAGACCUAAAAGAACUAGGAGAUGACUCUCUGCCAAGCAGCCAGUAUUUGGAUGGCAUGACCUAUUUGAGGUACAGCUUGGAGGGCGGACGCUCAGACAGUACUAUGCCUAGCCUGCGAUCCUUCAGUUCAGACAGGUCCCACACGAUGAGCCAUUCCUCAUACCUCAGAGGCAGUGCCAUGAUAGAUGAUACUGUUAUCAUACCCCAUGACCAGGUUUCAUACUUGACAAAAACAGAACAGAACACUUAUCGGCUGAGCUGGGGGAACGAUAAUUUAGACAAUGUUGCACUUUCUUCAAGUCCAAUCCAUUCUGGCCACAUAUCUCCUUGUCUUGAAAGAGACCACAGCAGUUUCCUGGUUAGCUUUAUGGUGGAUGCUCGAGGAGGUGCCAUGAGAGGUUGCAGGCACAAUGGACUGAGAAUAAUUAUUCCCCCUCGGAAAUGCACUGCCCCCACAAGAGUGACCUGCCGUUUGGUGAAGCGCCAUCGAUUGGCCACUAUGCCGCCUAUGGUAGAAGGAGAAGGUCUGGCUAGUCGUCUCAUUGAAGUUGGCCCUUCUGGAGCUCAGUUCCUUGGAGAUGAUAGUAAACUUCACCUUCCUACGGCUCCCCCCCCUCUAAAUGAGGGAGAAAGCUUGGUCAGCCGAAUCCUUCAACUGGGACCUCCUGGAACCAGAUUCCUUGGGCCUGUUAUUGUGGAGAUCCCCCAUUUUGCGGCUUUGCGUGGAAAUGAGCGUGAACUAGUAAUACUGCGCAGCGAAACUGGAGAUAACUGGAAAGAACAUUUCUGUGAAUUUACUGAAGAUGAAUUGAAUGAGAUUCUUAAUGGAAUGGAUGAAGUUCUUGACUCGCCAGAGGAACUGGAAAAGAAGCGCAUUUGCCGUAUUAUUACCCGGGACUUUCCACAAUAUUUUGCGGUGGUUUCUCGGAUUAAACAGGACAAUAACCUGAUUGGACCUGAAGGAGGAAUUCUGAGCAGCAAUGUGGUACCUCAGGUCCAGGCUGUUUUUCCAGAGGGUGCCCUAACUAAAAGAAUUCGUGUUGGCCUUCAGGCCCAGCCAGUUCAUCAUGAACUUGUGAAGAAAAUAUUAGGCAACAAAGCAUCAUUCAGUCCUAUUGUGACAUUAGAACCAAGAAGAAGGAAAUUCCACAAGCCUAUAACAAUGACUAUCCCUGUGCCCAAAGCCUCCAGCGAGGCAAUGCUGAAUGGAUAUGGUGGUGAUACACCUACAUUAAGACUACUAUGCAGUAUCACUGGUGGUACAACUCCAGCGCAGUGGGAGGACAUCACUGGAACCACACCGCUUACAUUCGUUAAUGAAUGUGUUUCUUUUACUACUAAUGUAUCUGCCAGGUUUUGGUUAAUUGAUUGCCGACAAAUCCAAGAAUCAGUUACAUUUGCUAGCCAAGUUUACAGAGAAAUUAUAUGUGUUCCCUAUAUGGCCAAGUUUGUUGUAUUUGCCAAAUCCCAUGACCCUAUUGAAGCACGUUUGAGAUGUUUCUGUAUGACAGAUGACAAGGUGGACAAGACACUGGAACAGCAGGAAAACUUUGCAGAAGUUGCUAGGAGUAGAGAUGUAGAGGUCCUGGAAGGAAAACCAAUCUAUGUAGACUGUUUUGGAAACCUAGUACCUCUAAUAAAGAGUGGGCAACAUCAUAUAUUUAGUUUCUAUGCCUUUAAAGAGAACAGACUUCCAUUGUUUGUCAAGGUACGAGACACAACUCAAGAGCCUUGUGGACGCCUGUCUUUCAUGAAGGAACCAAAAUCUAAUAGGGGCAUUGUACAGCAAGCCAUCUGCAAUCUAAAUAUCACAUUGCCAGUUUAUUGCAAGGAAUCUGAAUCAGAUCAAGAAGAUGAGGGAAAUCUCAACUCUGAGAAAAAUGAUGAAGAGACAGAAUCCACAGAAACGUCCAUCUUGAAAAGCCAUCUUGUCAAUGAUGAGCCAGUGCUAGCAAGCCCCGAUUUGCUGUCUGAAGUCUGUGAGAUGAAGCAAGAUCUUAUUAAAAUGAGCGCAAUACUAACCAUUGAUGCCACACAGAAACCUGGUACCCUCAAAGCCAAGGACUUUGAAAAGUCAGAAGAGGAUCCUGGGGAACCAUUUGAAAUAGUUGAAAAAGUCAAAGAAGAUUUAGAAAAAGUGAAUAAAAUUCUUAGAACUGGAACUUACACCAGAGAAGAAUCAUUACAUGAUGGUGCUCAUUCCUCAAAAUCACAUAAAAGAGAUGAAGAAUGGGUUAUUUUAGGGGAUGAUGAAAUUGAAGAAGCCAAACUAAAUGCACUACUUGAAGAUGCGGAGAUACCAUGCAUAGAAUUUAAAAUAGAUAGAGGUCAUAAACCAAAAGUAAAAUCUGAUAUGAAUGAAAUGGUAAAUUACCUUACUAAUGACCUAAAUUCUUAUUCAACUGAUUCAGCAGCUAUUCCUGGAACUGAAACAGAGAAAAAGGAGCAGCGAAAACUGCCAUUAGAAAUAAAAAAACCAGUACGCAGAAAACUCAAGGAGAGACAAAGAGAAGAACUCCAAAAUGCAAGUGACCGUGCAAGUCUAACAAAGUUUAGUUCUGAAGAGUCAUUAGAUGACGAAACAGGUCUUACUCCAACAGUUGUUCCAAGUGUAAAAGAGGUAUCUCCUGUGAUUGAGGAGACACCAAUUGGAUCAAUUAAAGACAAAGUAAAAGCACUUCAAAAGCGAGUUGAGGAAGAGCAAAAGGGAGUAACAAGCACAUCAAAUUUUGAGGAGGAUCAAGAGAGAAUAGAAAGAAGACUGGCUUAUGUUGCUGACCACCUGGGCUUUAGCUGGACUGAGUUAGCCAGGGAGUUGGAUUUCACAGAAGAGCAGAUUCACCAAAUACGAGUUGAGAAUCCAAAUUCUUUACAGGAUCAGAGCCAUGCUCUACUUAAAUAUUGGCUUGACAGAGAUGGAAAGCAUGCAACUGAUGCCAAUUUGAAUCAGUGCCUCACUAAGAUUAACAGAAUGGAUAUUGUUCACCUUAUGGAAACUUCUAUGAAUGAACCCAUGAGAUGCCAUGCCAAUCGUACUUAUGCUGACAUUGAGCAGACAAUCACACUGGACCAUAGUGAAGGUUUUUCUGCUCUUCAGGAUGAAUUUUUCAGCCCACAGAAAAAGAAUGUAAUUGAUCACUCUGUAGGCAAGGAGAGAGGUGAACACCCUCCUCUGGUGUCUGAGGAGGAUGUUUCAAUCAGUUAUUCACCCUUGCAUGAAAGUUCGGCAAGGCCUGAGGAUGACACAUCUGUUGUAGAGAUGAUCCGACAGCUGCAGAAAGAAAAAGUGGAAGCUGAGUUCUCCAGAGAGCCACAGAAAUUAUCAAGGGCCUUAUCUUCUGAACAUGAAUAUCUCGUUACAUCUCCUGAUUUCGAUAAAAGUUUACCAGAGGCAACAGAUGACUCUCUCCACGUCAAGGAAGUCCCCCAUUCCCCUCAUAGUUCUUCAGAAGAGUUUGGUAGACCUGGCCUGGAGACGCCUAUGUCUGAUCAGCAUAAUAAUUCCCCCAUUGUGCAGGAGCCAGAUGAAUUGUCAGAACAGGAAGACUGUGCUGCCAGCAGUGACCUAUUUAUAGUGGAGUCAUCAGAUGAGCAGGCAGGAAAAAAUGAAAAAAUCUCUCAAUACAAGUCAUUAGAUUCAUUUGAAAAGGAUCUAGCAGAGGAGUUAGGUGAGCUAGAGACCAACUCAGAUGAGGACGAGAUGGUAACUACCAGAGUCGUUCGCCGACGUGUCAUUAUUCAGGCCGACGAUAUGCCUGACAUCCUCCCAGAGACUGUGACUGAAGAGCAGUAUACAGAUGAGCAUGGCCACAUUGUGGUGAAAAAGGUGACUCGGAAAAUUAUUAGAAGAUUUGUUUUACCUGAUGGCACAGAGAAAGAAGAAGUGGUGGCACAGGGGGCAGCUCAUGAGCCAGUGACAUUUGAAGAAGGAGAUUCUGUCUCAAAGGUUGUUAAACGAACUGUACUCAAGAGUGACAGUGAACAUUCUCAGAUUUCAUUCUAUGAACCCCGAGUUUCAUCAUCAGUAUUCGAAAUGGAACCAGUGGAUGGACGUAAGGUCAGCAAGGUUGUGAAGACCACCAUGGUCCAUGGAGAAAGGACAGAAAAGUAUCUUGGAGACCUUAGUUUAGCAACAGAUCUGCCAUCAGCCAAAGAUGAUUUUGAACAGGCUCUAAACUAUGCAGGCGGAGAUGUAAGGGUUCACCUUCCCAAUUUAACGGAAACACAGAUUACCAAAGAGGAUGGAUCUGUUAUAAAAAGAACAAUGAUGAAUAAAGCCAGAACACAGAAGAGGACUGUGGUGAAGGACCAGCAUGGGAAACAUGUUUUCGUUGAGCAUUUGGAGGAUGUUCCUGAAGCCUUCCACAAGGAUUCCCUCCAUACUGACCUCCAGCAACUUCUCACCCGCUUCUGCGGAGAAAACAGUGAGCAAGAGGCCAAAUGAGAGGCUGCUGAGCCACACUUACAACACAUAUCCGUAGUCAGUAUGCAAACGAUACAUUCUCCUCACGCACAAGGGCCAUAAGUGGCAUCCACUGGGUGAUACUGGCACGCCUGUUCUGCAAAUGUUGUAAACAAAUGAUCAGCUUUGUGUGUCUGUCUGUAAAUGCAAAGAUUAUUUGUGACCAAAGAUAGCAUCCUUUGGAUGGUAUACCCCAUUUUAUUAUUUUCUUUUUCCAUUUUAAAUGAGUUUAGUUUGACCUCUUUCUCCAACAUGUUAGCUUCGUCCACAGGCCUCUUCAAAGUGUCUGCCAAGGCAACUUUAAAAAAAGGAUGGACCUGACAGUGCUACAUACACAAAGUGAAUGUGCUUGGAUUAGAAGAUUUCAAACUCUCCUGCAGGCCUUGACUACACUUUGCUUAGUGGAAGGCAAAGUAGUGAAUGAAAGUGACUGUUCAGAGACUUGGUAUUGCUUGGGGCAUUUAGAACAGGAUUCAAAGCAUCCACAUACAACCAUUAAAGCUCCAGGUUACUCUAAUGUCAGUGGUUCUAAGACAUCAGUGAGGUUUCCUGAAGAUGAAACGUAAUCAAAUAACCAAUCUGCUAGCUGCUUAUAUAAAGGCAUACACACAUAUUCAAGCUAUUCUAAACUGGACUUGUAGUAGAGUCAGUUACUCUACAACAAAUAUACUUGCUCCAGUCAAUGCUUUAGCAGACCAUAUUGUCUUAUAACUAGUGGAAAUGUCUGCUGGUCAUAGCACUGUAAAUAAUAAUAAUGGGAAAGAUAUUUCCCAAGUUAAGUAAAAUAAUAAUUAAGAAGUCACCGUGUUUAUCAGGAUUUCUUAUGGCACAUGCAUGUGGCAUCAAAUGAAAUGGAAUAAAACUCCUAUAAUCAUGUGUUGAACUUGUAAACCCCCUUAGCACUGAGCAAGCAGUUUUCACAAAAAUGUGUCCUCUUCUAUUUCUGUACUUUAUUUUUAUGUCAAAAAGUUGAAGACACAAGGCAGGUUUCAGUUCUAUUUUUUAUGUUUUUACAUCGGAAACAAAUCCUUGAAAAUGGUUAUAGCAUUUAUGCACUUUUUUUUUAAAAGAAGGGAUUAUAAAAAAAGGAAAUAUUUUUUGUCUUAUGUACCUUAUUCUUGUGGUUUAAACUCUGUAGCCUUUUAACGUACAAAUAUAUAUAUAUAAAUAAAUGCAUAUAAGCACUAUACAUUUUAAACCCGUUUAUUUAAUGUAAGUAGAGAUUGGGGAGAAAACAAAGAACAAAACACAGCAUUAACCUAUGUUGCUAAUUUAUAAAUAACAUGAAAAAAAUAUUAAAUCAAAUCAGGCCUAUGCUCUUAAGGAAUCAGGAGGGAAAAGACCCACCGAGAGAGAUGAAUGUCAAUUGUAAAUUAAUAGGAUUUCUUUAAAUCCCUUGUAAACGUAACAACACUAAAUAAUUCUUUGGUUUAUUUAAUUAAAAUGACCUAAUGUGUAACUUUAUUUUAUUUUUGGCACAAACAUUGCUAAAUUACUUUCUCAGUAGCCAAAGUGAGGUCAUAUACCAUGAAUAAUGAGUUAUGCGGCUGUUCCAGUGUUUGACAAAGAAACCAAAAAAAAAAGUCCUGUUGUGCUACUUGCAGUGCAGAUGAUGUCUGUGUAACAGCAUAAUCACUUUUAUGGGUUCUGAUUCCUAUUUUUUAAGUUCUGCUCUGUUACAUAAAAAUCUAAUUUUACUACUGUGAGAGUUGGCAUAUACGUGGAUGACUCAGCAUCUUGUUCCCAUGGUGAUAACACUAAUUUACUCUAUCUAUGAGGGCAUGUCUUAGUUACAAAUGGCAAAAAUAAAACACACUAACAAUACAUAGCUGCAAUGUGUACAAUGGCUCAUUUAAUUAAAUAAAGUGUUCAAUGUAAAAACGAA